GGCUGCUGUAUCACAGCAGAGCAAUAAUCUGACAACAAAUUCGCGUCUCGUCCCGCACGGACCAUGAAGCGUACCAGCCACUUCGAUGUUCACGGACAGACGGUCCUCAUCGCGGGGGGCUCCAAAGGCCUCGGACGCGAGCUCGCCCUCCAGCUAACCGCCGAAGGUGCCAAUGUGACCAUCCUCGCGCGCUCCUCGGGCCCCCUCGAAGAAACCCGCCGUGAAAUGCUCACCCGCGUCCAACACCCGGACCAAGCCAUCGCUGCCCACCCCGUGGACCUCACCGACGCAACCGAGGUCGAGUCCCUCAUCGCGACCCUCAAACCCCUCCCCACCAUCCUCUUCUGCGUCGCUGGCGGCACCGCCGAAGAGAUCGGCUUCUUCGCCGACAUCUCCUCCCAGCACAUCAAAACCUGCAUGGACCGCAACUACCUCUCCGCCGCGUACAUUGCGCACGCCCUGCUCUGCCGCUGGCUCGCCGAGCCCCCCAAAUCUGCAGACGAGAAAUCGCACCCCCGCCAUCUCAUCUUCACUGCCUCCACCGCCGCCUUCCUCGGCCUCCCAGGCUACGUCGCCUACACGCCCACCAAAGCUGCGACGCGCGCCCUCGCCGAUACCCUCCGCCAGGAAGUCCUCCUCUACCGCUCACAGCAGGAAAUCCGCGUCCAUUGCUCGUUCCCUGGCACGAUCUACACGGAGGCGUACGUGGAGGAACAGCGGGGGAAGCCGGAGCUGUUGAAGGAGUUGGAGGGCGAUGGGAGUGGGUUGUCGCCCGCCAAGGUGGCGGAGAAGACAAUCCAUGGGUUGAAACAGGGGAGAUUUUUUAUUACUAUGGACUUUGAUACGGAGUUGUUGUUGAAUAAUAUGCGUGGUCCGAGUCCGAGAUUUUGGGCCGUAUGGGAUUGGAGCUUGGGACUUGUGGGGAGCUUGGCUUGGCCGUUUUAUCGGUGGUGGUUUGAUCGGAGGACAGGAGCUUAUGGGAGGGAGAUGCUGGGUGGGAGGUCUGAUAGGUAG